UCUGCAUUUGAGCAACUUCCUGUACUUCAAACUUGGAGAAAAUGCUUUUUGUUGAUUUCCUUGAUAAUCUUAAAUCCAUUUUAUGAAACAGAAAACGUUAUUUGAUUGAUGCAUGAACUAUUGCAACUAAGCAUAGAACUUGUUAACCCUUUGAUUGACACAAAUUAUUAAGCAAGGUACUGGGUGUUGAAUCAGGAUGUUUAUUUAUUUUGUUGAAUAUUUAUGAGAUACGUUACAGUAUUCAGUUGGGGAAGUGAAUUAAGUAGCUAUAAGGAAGAUAAACAGUUGCAUCCAUCUUCUUACUUUUUGGAAAUCACAUGACAAUUUUAGACACAAACUGAUUUGUGAUGCCGGGUGUUGUAUUUGUAUACCAGGCACUGCAUGACUUCACGCCUUCAGAACAGACUUCUGAUCCUGAUGAUGAAGAAAUCCAGAUAGAAAAAGGCGAUACUCUUGAAGUUAAAGGUCCUAUUGAAAAUUAUGAACACCCAAAUAUUUGGUUGAAAGGCAAGAAUGUUACUAAAGGUACAGAAGGACUGUUUCCAGGGACAUUUGUACAGUUUAUUAAAACUAUAGAACAACCUGAUGAGCCAAUGGAGGAGCCAGUACCACUACCACCAGUUGUGCCCCUUCCACAUCGUCUAGUAGAUUGUUAUUUUGUCAGACCAGUUACCUGUUCAUUUUGUAAUGACUUUAUAUGGGGCACUGGUAAAGUUGGAAAAAGGUGCACAGGAUGUAACCAGGUAUGCCAUUCUUCAUGUUGGGAUGUAGAAGUAAAAUCCAGUUGUACUAGAGGAAAUCCAGCACCCAGUACUCCAGUACACAGUACUUAUGUGCCUAUAGAGAAUUGGACCUGUGAAAAUGUGGUAGAAUGGAUGGCCUGUGUCAGACUAUACAGAUAUGCUCAGAUGUUUAAAGACAAUCAAAUUAAUGGCAAAGAUAUUAAAAAUAUGGAUCCUGAAAAAUUAGGGGACCUUGGGAUCAAAGAUGACUUUCACAAGAUGUCUCUUAUGGUGUGUAUAGAUGAAUUAUGUGGGAGAGAUUCAAGCAUGCGACCCUAUGCUUCUUCACUCCCAUUAUCAGGUCAGAUUGUUGAAAUGGAAGCAGAUGGAGCAGCAUCCGAACACAGGUUUUCUGAAUAUAGUUUCCCUUCCAUGCAGAGAUGUCACCUAUGUGAUAAGUUUCUUUAUGGUUUAAUUAGCCAAGGUCUACAGUGUAGAGAGUGUGGAAUGUGCUGUCAUCGCUACUGUUCUUCAUCAAGGCAAUCUGAGUGCAGCGUGCCAAAGAUAGAAAGAUUAAGACGACCCAGUUUUACUAUUAACUCAGUAUUUGGAGAAGAUUUAGCAGAAGAAAUAGGAAAAAAUAAUACAGAAACCCCUUGGGUCAUUUCUAAAUGUACAGAGGAGAUUGAAAAAUGGUGUGAAAAUCAUCAAACAGAAGCAUUAAGUGUAUAUAGAAUGUAUGCCAAGUCAGAAGAAGUUAAUGCUAUAAAAGUCCAGUUGAAUAUGGCUACAGAGCCAUCACAAGUUAAUUUGUCUCAGUUUAAUGUACACUGUGUGGCCGGGGUUUUAAAGAAAUAUCUACGGGAACUACCCAAUCCAGUGAUCCCGGUAGAAUUUUAUGAUAACUUCAUCACAGCAGCAAAAAGUGGAGAACACUCUAAAAACCUAAUUGAUCUCACAACCCAAUUACCACAACCGCACAAGUCUACGUUACAUUUUCUCAUGGGUCAUUUUAUACGACUUUGGAGAAUUCAACAUGAAUCUGGAACUUCGGACGGCCUGGAUAAACUGUCACAUGUGUUUUGUCAUAUACUAUUACGUCCUCCAUGGGAGAAAAUCAUAGAAAUCGUGGACAAUACAAAAUUACACAUAGACAUUAUUGAGGAAAUGUUAAAAAAUGGAAACUGGGGUGAAACUACACCCCCACUGGCUCCACCAGUACCACCUAGACCAGAAAAUACAUCUGUUGGAAGAUCAGGGCUGGACACUUCAAUUAGCCCUGAAGAACAGUUACGUGAAGCAGAUUGGUACUGGGGAAACAUUUCUCGGGAGGAAGUGAAUGAACACUUACGUGAUAAACCUGAUGGUACUUUCUUAGUGAGGGAUGCAACAUCACCUGGCGACUACACAUUAACUUUACGCAAAGGUGGAACAAACAAAUUGAUUAAAAUUUAUCAUAAAGAUGGAAAAUAUGGAUUUGUAGAACCUUUGAAUUUUGAUUCUGUUGUGGAAUUAAUAGAACAUUACAAGCAUAAUUCAUUAGCAAUAUAUAACAAGACGUUAAACAUCAGGCUACUUCACAAAGUGUCCAGAAAUAUUAAUCCCGUGUAUACAGAUGUCUCACAGGAAGUACAAAAAUUGCAGCAAGUUCACAAAGACUACCUCAAAAAGAUGGCUGAAUAUGAUAAACAUUAUGAACAACAUUCAAAACUCAAUCAAGAACUUCAGUUAAAGCAUCAAGCUUUAGAUGCAUUUAAGGAAACCGUCAAAGUCUUUGAGGAGCAGUUAGAACUUCAUAGACGCCAUCAUGCUGAUGCCUCAGUCAGAGACUUACAGAGACUGAAAGAAAAUUACGAUUUAUUGCGAGGAAGACUUGACAGCAUAACUGGUAGUAAAGAGCAUUUAGAAGCAGAUAUUAGUGCUAAAACACAACGUAACCGAUCACUCAUCAGCGAUAUGAAUGCCCUUCGACCAGAAAUCAAACGAUUAAAUAGACAAAGAGAUCAGAUUAAGAAAUAUUUACAAGACCAAAAUUAUCCUGCUGAAGCUAUUGAAAAAAUCUUAGAGAGUGAAAGCAAGGUAAAGCAUGAAGAGAAAGACUGGUAUGUUGAAUGUGAUCGUCCAGGGUCAGAAAAAUUGCUGUCAAACCAAAGAGAUGGCACAUUUUUAAUCCGACCCAAGAGAGAUGAUAAGAAUGACAAAUUAGUACUGUCCAUUGUUUAUCAAGGCACAGUCGGACAUUGUUUAAUUUACAAAGAAAAUCAUCAUUAUGGAUUUACACCUCAAACAUGUGACUUUCAAAAUAUAAAUGACUUGGUUGAACAUUACAGUCGAGAGUCUUUACGUGAACACAAUUCCAAGUUAGAUGUUAGACUGUUAUAUCCAGUUAACAAGGAACCAGCUGCUGCCGGACAGCAGAAUGUUGACAGUGUUAACUAUUUACAAAUGAAUCAGAGUUAACAAUGACCAAUGAAAAUACAGUAUUUUUAUACCAAGACCUGAGCAUGGACAAACAAAACUCUACCCACGUUAAAAGUCUUUCAUUAUGUUGUAUCCAUGCAAAUUUCUUGAAUGCCAUUAUAUAAUAUAAAUAUAUAUAUAAAGUGCUAAGUGUACUAACAAUGCUUAAAGCUGAUUCAGUCUCAAGCACCAAGAUCAUAAGCCUUGGUUUAAGAUAACAUUACUAUGAUGAGUCUGAAUGUGAGGACAUAUUCCUCGGUAAAUAUUGUAGAAGUACCGUAUUCUGUGAUUUUAUGUCUCCAAAGGAGUUAGUCUGUUAACAUAACAGGGCAAAAUUUGAUGCUGCAAUAUCAUUGUUAUAUGCUGUUAAUGAUUAUUAUAUCAUAACAUUCUUUACAUAAUACACAGGCAAAAGGAUCAUUCCAAACACACAGUCAAUUAUAGUGUUAAAUGACUUUAGGCAUAUUAAUGAUAUAAUUAUUUACCAUUGAGUCUGUCUAUAACUGUCAACAUUGUUUACUACUAGAUAUUAUCUUGUAGAGAUUAUUGUGAUCAUGUUGAUGAAGUUUGACUGUGAUUACAGUGGUCUUGACUACAGGGAAUACAAAAUACAAAAAUUCAAGCUGUUUCUUGCUGUUUAUAUGCAGAAAUAAUUGACAGUUUUCUGAGAAAUUUAAUUUUUGGGUAAUAAGUUUCAAAAGAAUAUCAGAUAAACAAAUCAAAAUUGCUGAAAUGAUAUGAAAUAAGACCAAUAGUUAAGGGAUACAUUUGAAACUUACAUGUCAAAUAUAAUUUGUACUUACAUAUAAAUCUAUGAACAUAUGAAGGAAACUUUUGUCCUGUAUAUCAGAAGUUUUAUUUACAUUUAAGUGCUUAACCUAAACUUACAUACUUUGUUAUUAUUUGUUAUUUUUUACAUUAUUUCAUAGUAAAAUUGCGGUUUGUUCUAAACAAUGAAUGAUUCCAGAAUUAAUGAAUGAAUAUAGAAAAUGUGUGCAUAAUAAGUGAAAGAGGGGACCAACAAAGAAAGUCUUUUUUUUUUUUUUUGGACAAUAUUGGGAUUUUGUAAACUAAAAUAACUAUGUGAUUUCCAAGUAUAAUGAAAUUAAUAAUAAGUCAGCAAAUUUUAUUUAACAUGCUUUUUUACAAACUUAAUUAAAAAAAAUGGAUAAAACAUUUUGUUCCAGUUAUGAUUUAGGAAUGAAUGGUUUGACAUGAUUUACCUCAGACAAAAACUAUCAAUGGCUUUCAUGAAAAUCAAACUAUUGUUAUUGAAUGGUUUAUAGAUAUGUUUAUUUUUUACCAUGUUGCCUUACAAAUGUUCAAAUGCUGAUCAUGUUUGAAUGAAUGAUUGUAAUUGAUUGAAUCACAUUAAUCAUGAUUGUAUUGAGUGAAUCACAUUAAUCAUGAUUGUAAUCAAUGAUAUAUUUCAUUGGUGCUAAUUGUAGCGGCAGGUUAUAGGGCAUGUUUUACUUGACACAGGAGGGCACCGAACAAUUUUAGAGUUAUCCCCCCUUUUCUGUCCUCUUUAGUAGUGUUAAAAAAAAUGGGGUCAAUCUAUUUACUGUGCCAAGAAAAAUUCAUUUCAUUUAGUAAUUAGAAUCUAUUUCCAAUGUUAUUGUCAGUAUCUUGUUGUAGUAGGUAGUAAAGUGAAACAUCUUUAUCAAUGUCUAAAAACUACUGUCAGAUAGUCAAAAGAAAAACUGUUGUUUCUGUAGAUUUUAGUUAUGCAAAUUUAGUUCAUUCAGUUGUUUUACCAAAUAUCAUAGGAUGAAAAAACUACAGGAUUUUUUUUUAAUCAUAAAUUUGAAGUGUUCAGUCAGUGCAAUUCAUUAAUCUUUAUCUUCAUACAUUGCCAUUUUAAUAUAGUAUUUCCUUUCUCAAAGUCAUUUUGCAUAAUGAUUACAAGCAUACUGAAACACUCUUUAAGGCAAUUGAAGCUAUAUUUACAUUCACUUCCAGGGUCAAUCAGGUCAAAAUUGUGAGAGAAAGAAGUAACUCAUUCUAGCUUUUACCAAAAAAAUCUAUCAUAUUCAAACAUGUAACGCUAUAUUUUCAUUGCUUUGGAAAAACAACUGUACAAUCUGUUCUUAUAAAUUAUGUUUCUACUUAAUUUAAUUAAGGAUGUGAAUAUAUAUAAAAUGGCCGAAUCAAUUAUCUACAUUCCGUGGUAUAAUUGUGAUGACCUUAGCUCUUUAGCUUGGCACUUUUGACCUCAGUUAUUUGACUGAUUUCUUCCUUGUUGUAAAUGUUAACAUGCCCCAUUAUUAUCAUGUGUAGAAUUGCUCAUCCAAGUCACAUAAAUCCUACAAAAUAAUAAAAUAAUGAAAUUUA